AUGACUAUUGCAGACCUUAUCCUCUGUUCCAUCUUCACUCACCCAUGGCGCUGUUCAGUGGCUAAGGACUUGGUUCGGUAUGUCAUAGUGUCAACUGACUGCUUGCUGUUACUUGCCGACAACCACAUCCUGCAUGGCGUGCUAGUCGUGUUCCACAUUGUCCUUGUCAUCUUUCGUGUCCGUCACUGGGAACACCGCGUGACACUCUCGUUCACAGCAAGAAAUGAUGGAUUUUGGUCUGCGGUGCUGAGUGCCUCACUGCAAGCAUUUUAUACCAUAUACACGGCUGUUCUACUCUUCCUUACCCAGCGGCUUGCGAUUUCGAGAACACUCAUACGCCGUGUGAAACUGACUACUAUUCACGACAUCUCUGGUGCGUGGGCUGGCCUCGGUUCUGCACUCAGUAACGUCUGGCGACAAACUGACGUCCCUGCCUCGUGGUGGACGACUUCCGCUGUGGCAAUCUACCUUGCGAGCAUAGCCGUGCUACAUGUCACCUCUUCCACUCUCCUACAAUUUCAAACUUUCAAUGCUUCUAUGACAACUUCCGUAUCAACAACACUAGGGUGGCUAGACGAUUCAUCAUACAGCUCUUUCGCGAACCUAGGACUCAUUACCCCAUCCCUACCAGUUGUUAAUCAUUUGACUGGGCUGGCGUCUGCAGGGUUAUCCAACACCACACUCUACGACACCGUAAAAACAAGUUCUAUAGCAGGAAACGCAAUUGUGAACGCAAUGACGGUAACCUCUCGUUGCGGGUUGAUUCCAAAUGUGACAUACUCUGCAAAUACCAGCACGGCAAUUGUUCCAUUUGGCCCAGAUUCUCCUCGCGUGCUUAAUGCGAGCACUCUCUGGCCAGACCAGAUACAUAUAGUUCCAUGGGUGGAAUUUGACGAUCCUUCCAGCGAAGUCCCGGAGCUCAAUGGUGUCUGUCUUAUGGUCUCCACACUAUUGGAGAUCGAGCCUUCAGUACAGGAUGAGGUUGCUGUAAACAUGACUUGGCCAUAUGAGCCUGUUGGUAGUGCGACUAUCACCGAUUAUGUCAUCUACGUCUAUUUUAUACAAUGCUCACUAUCAGCCAACACUACGGAUGGGAUGGUCGAUAUGCAAACCAACAAUCUACUGAGUCCCAUAUUCAUAUCGCAGCCAUCUACGCAAUGGGAAAUGAAUCAAUUCGAGUGGUCGAAUGCUAGUUGGCAAGCGCAAAUCGGCAGUGCUUUGGCCACCUCGGACAGCAGUAGUGGGAUUAUAUUUGAUGGUAUGCCUGCACAAAUCGUUGAACCCUCUAUUGCGGACGAGUAG